UUGGACAUCCCAAGUACCAAGAAUCCAAAAGAAUUGCAAUCUUCCUGAGCAUGCCAGAUGAAAUCCAGACAGAAGAAAUUAUUAAGGACAUUUUUAAGCAAGGCAAAGAGUGUUUCAUCCCCCGUUACAAGCCUCAGAGCAAUCACAUGGACAUGCUGAAGUUGUCAUCAGCUGAAGACAUUUCUUCACUUGCUUUGACAUCAUGGAAUAUUCUUCAGCCCAGUGAUGAUGACAGUGGAAGAGAGGAAGCUCUUGCUGGUGGUGGUCUUGACCUUAUCUUCAUGCCAGGCCUUGGGUUUGACAAAAAAGGCAACAGAUUGGGAAGAGGGAAAGGAUAUUACGAUACCUAUCUUGAAAGAUGUAUGAAACACCCCCGUGGAAAGCCUUACACGAUUGCCUUGGCUUUUAAGGAACAGAUUUGUGAAUCGGUGCCUGUGACAGAAAAUGAUAUUUCAAUAGAUGAAAUCCUUUAUGAAGACUGCUGAAAGGGUCUUGAUACCAACCCACCUUCAGAGUGACCAACCAAAGACGGCAGAGCCAUCAAUCAGGGUUUUUUAAUUGUCAUAUAUGACUCUGGGAACAAUAAAAUACAUUAUAUGUGUUUGAACAAAUAAACCAAACCAGCAUGAGUGUGGUAAUACUAAUGAGGAUUGUGCUGAUUUACUUCUAAUUAGCAAAU